UCCCGAAUGUGAGGUGUCGUCGGAGUGGUGUGGACAGCUCUGGUUUGCAAGCGUGAAGGACACAUUCCUAACCGACCGUACUGUCGAGGACACUCUGGAAGCCAGAUGCUAUCGUGCACAUCCGGGAUUCUGGCAGAAACUUAGCAGGCAACAACCUCGGUCCGUGCGAAGACGGUGCUGGGACGAUUAAGCGCGGGGAACUCUGGCCAAGCCAAGCCGGGACAUCGCCGUCGUCGAAGACGGCGUCUUCUCUACUCUUUGGAAUUGCGUCACUCCUGCGAGAGUUUGGCCCCGCCUAUUCGCUUUUCGUGAAGCGUCCAGCAAGAGUCAUGCGGAGGCACCCGAACAGAGACAAGGCCUGAGUGACAAAGUUUAAGGCAAUACGAUCAAGAAAACCACUGCUGCUGCUGUAGAAGGGGCAGGAGUAAACAGCCAUGAAUAGGGGAGUGUUUCUAGCACCAUUUGCCGCGACCUUGACGCUGCUGCUAAACCGGGUGGCAUGCCAGCCUCAAUGUGACAUGAACGGUUGUGCCGAUCAGUGCACGUCACUCGGGGCUGUACGGUGGAGUUGCGAAGAGGAAGGGUGUCUCUGCACGUUUCCACUGGAAGACGCCAAGGUUCUGUGUAAAGGUGGAGGUGGUGGCGGCGGUGGCGGCGGUGGCGGAGCAGGUGGUGGCAGUGACGGCGGAAGCGGUGGCGCUGGCGUCACGGGCGAUGGUGACAAUAGUGGUGGCGAAGGUGGAGGAAGCGACCGUGACAAGCAGAAGAAAAAGGGUCAAGACGAUGAUGACGACGAAGACGACGAUGGCGGGUCAAUAGACACUGGUACAUCCAGCGAAGAAGGUGGCAAUAACAAGCACACCAAGGCUCCCGGUGGCAGUAAGAAAAGCAAAGGAACUACCAAGAGCCCAGCGAACAGCGGGAAGAAACCACCAGGACACGGUGGCAAGCCUGGUCAGGACACCAGCAAAGGAGGUGGGAGUGGCGAUAAGGCUGAACAGCCCCCAGGCGGCACGCAAUCUAGCAAGGGUAGCAGCACGCCAACCACCAGUGCGGAGGACUAUGGACAAAAAGAUUACGGCCAGAAGGACUACGGAGUCAAGGCCAGAGGUGCCCACGAUGAACUCAUGCCCCGAAAGGCACUGGAACCGGACCGUGGUGCCAGUAGUGACGAUAAGGGCGGGAAGAUGCACAUGCCGUUCGUCGUCAGAAGUUUACACAGGCCACUGUCCCCCAAGCAGGUGAUGGAGCAGCUCAAACGACAGAAGGGGGACAUUCCCAUGAAGGAGAUCCAGGAAUUCUUGAAGAAGGGAGGGCGUUAAUAAAGACGCUUAUGGGGGAAG